AUGGAAAUGAACCUUGAUUUUGAAGAUAACAUUAACGGUAAGUCUUAGCCCUCGACCUUAUCCAAAGCCCUAGCCCACAGUUCUAGACCUUACUUUUGCCCCGAGCCCUAGAUCAGAAUUCUAGCACAGAUCCGUAGCCCACAGCCCUAAUCCAGAGCCCUAACCCAGAGCCCCAGCCCAGAGCCCUAGCCCACAUUUAGUCUAGAGUCCUAGUCCUACGCUUUCCCUCUCCGCCCUCAUACUGCCGAUUACACUUUACUUCCACAUUGUCAUAACUUACCGUACCCUUUCCUAUUCUACAUUUGUCUAAGGUACCCUUCACUGCCCUACAGCACUUUAUCUAAAUCUUGUAUUUUUUAGGUUCCACACCCAGUUUUACAAUACCCUAUGUUCUCCUUUCUUACCUCUUCUACAUAAACCAUAUUUUCAGGUACAUUUGUCCGCCAAAAGCGAUGUUUUGGCAUAUUUGCCGCCAUAAUACCUCCUUUAAAUCUACCCCCAUUACCUACCAUUCCUGGCCUUUCUCCGCCCGCUCCUACGCAAUACAAUCCACCAUCGUACCCUCCAGCGCCACCAUCGUAUCCACCAGCACCACCAUCUUAUCCACCAUCACCACCGUCGUAUCCUCCAGCAGCACCAUCUUAUGCUCCAGCAGCACCAGCCCCUCAACAGGUUUAUGGUCCUGAGGCAGCUAACGCGGCCAACGCGGCAGCGGCAGCAGUGGCCGCGCCACCACAAUUUAACGCGAUAGCCCAGCAGCUACAAGCAGCCACUGCCCCAGACGACUACUACUACUACUAUGACCCGAGCAUGUCGACAAAACAACCCAAUCAUACGACUAUAUCUCCAGGCGGUGGUGGUGGAGGAGGCGGUGGCGGUGGAGCAGGCGGAGGAGGUGGCGGCGCAGGAGGAGGUGGUGCUGGCGGAGGCGGUGGCGCAGGUGGUGGUGGAGGAGGAGGUGGCGGCGGUGGUGGAGGAGGGGGUGGAGGAGGAGGUGGUGGUGGUGGUGCAGGUGGUGGUGGCGGUGCUGCGGGUGGUGGCGGUGCUUCAGGUGGCAGUGGAGGAUCCGGAAGUUCCGGAGCUGCAGGACAAGGUAGUUCUGGAUCAAGUGGCUCAUCGAGUGGAAGUUCCAGCGGAUCUUCAAGUGGCACUGGCACUGGCAUGGGUGCUGGGGGAGGUAUGAAGAACUUUUGUUUAUUUUAGGGAAAGUUUUUAAGCCUAAAAUUCAUCCUUAAGCCUAAAAUUAAUUCUUAAGCCUAAAAUUAAUUUUCAAGCCUAAAAUUCAUUAUUAAUCCUUUAUUUUUACAGGAGGCGGAGGAGGUGGUGGAGGAGGCCUGGGAGGCGGAGGUGAUGGCGCUGGAACCGGAGCUGGUGAAGGAGGAGGAGCUACCGGCGGAGCAGCUGCAGGCCAAGCACCAGGUGCAGCAUCACCAGCUGCUUCACCCGGUGUCCCAGGUAGUGUCCCAACUACAGGACCAGCAUUCUUAACGUCCGAUCAGCUCUGGAUCGAACGACUUCAACGUGAAUUCCCACUUGAUUCAUGUUUCGUCAACAAUGACCUCCUGACCUGUUGUAACCAUGAACUUGAAGAUGUUAUGGACGAAGCAUAUCGUAUGUUGCAAGCUGAACAAGAAGAGUAUAAUGCUUGUAAUAUCAAUAAGAUUGCACAUUAUAUUGGCAAAAGGGCCGAGGAUCACUUCGGCCAACCCUAUGAAGUUGUUGUAGGUAAUGGGGAUUAUGUCAGUAAAUCCAACUUUUUCAUGGACCAAUACUGUAAGAUAUCGAGGGAUGGAAAGUAAGUUAUCGCUAGAAAUAGAAUUGGGCUUAGAAAUGAAUUUUAGGUUAAAAAAUAAAUUUUAGGCUUAAAAAUGAAUUUUAGGCUUAAAUAUAAAUUUUAAGUUUAAGAAAAUAAAUUUUAGGCUUUAAAAUAAACUUUAGGCUUAAAUUUCAAUUUUAGGUUUAUAUUGUUAUAUGCAACCCCAAAAGAAGAAGACGAAGAAAUAGACAUAACUGCAGAGAAUGGACUAGGCGGUGAUGGCCAAAAUGGAUAUUAUGGAAAUAAUGAACUAACAGACAAUUAUCAACCCGGAUAUGGUGAGCCUAGUAAUUAUGGUGAACCAUCCACUGGUUAUGGUGAGAAUGGUAACUAUGGUGAAGGAGCCGGUAAUGUUGGAGGAAAGCUACCAACUACUAAUGAAGAUGAUGGAGAAGGGGAUAUCGAUGGAAAGAAGUAGGUUAUCGGUAGCAGAGUUCCCAAUUUUAAAAUUACCGGUUUCGGAUUUAGCUCCGGAGGUCUUUAGUACUAAAAUUAGACGUUUUAUAGUUGUGGCGUUAGGUCCGGCUUCACCUUUUUGUAAAUUUUCACACCGACUCCAGAGCUCUGAAGAACUAUUGUUGAUACACAUGCCAUUAUCACUACUGUUGUCAAAAAGAAAAUGAAAAAGUAUGAAAAUUUGUUUCAGACACAACAAGCCAAUCAAGAUAAAGAAGCCACUGAACACUUCAUUCACAAACCAACCUCGACCCAGAAAGCCACGACGCCGACAACGUAAUAAAAUCACGAUCAGAAGACUUAGCUUCAGCAGAAAUGGCUAA